GCAUUGAUUUUUCUAUAUAUUAAAUGCAUGGACUGGAACACACAGUGCCUCCUCGCUCUCGCCUAGCCCAACACCGUCUUAGACCCAAAACGAUUCACACAGCAGCCAGCCAUGGACGACUUCAUGAAGCUAAUGUGUUCCAAUUCUCCACCCGUAUGGGAUAAGAAUAUUCUCUCAUUGUGUUUCGAGAACAUUGUUUUAGGUUUUGGGGCAAAUGUAGUAACAGUCUUUAUGAUUGCUAUACUCGGAAUUACCAAAAGAAAUAGCAGAAGAAUUUGGAGGAUAAAACUUUCAGAAAAGAUUUCCUUGCAAUUUCUUCCUGCCAUUGGAGUAUGUUUGACCCUUUUGGACAUAGUUCUGCUUUUAAAGAGAGCAUUUCAGGGAGGGUUAAUUGCACAUCAUGAAUGGUUUCUCAGAUGUUCUCGCUUCGCAGUGUGGACCACUGUCAUUCUUUUAUCAAAGUGCGCCAACUGCCACAUUUUAUGCAACUGUAUCCUAUGCUUCUGGUGGAUUGUAAAACUGCUUCUGGAGAUCCCCCAUUUGCUAACAGUAUAUACAUCAUUUGAGGUAUUGAGAUGUCUUAAAGAGAGCUGUAUUGUUUUAUUGGAUAUCAUGUUUGCAUUGUCAAUUAACAUUAUCAGACUAAAACGGGGAUAUCCUAAGGGCAGUUCAGUGGAAGACCCUCUACUUUCAGGUGAUGUGGACCUUGAAGAAGGUUGUCAUAGGGACUUUGGAACCAUUUGGAGUUGUUUGGAUAUUCUUACAUUCAAAUCUAUCAUUUCUGUGAUGAAUCAUGGUGCAACAAAGCAGCUUGACUUUGAAGAUUUGCUUCAGCUUCCUACCGAUAUGGAUCCCACUUCUUGUCAUCAUCAAUUGUUAAGCUGUUGGCAGUCUCAACAUACUGAUAAUUGCUCUAGUCCAUCCCUCUUUAGGGCAAUUUGUGGUGCAUAUGGAUGGCCAUAUUUUCGUAUCGGUUUCCUAAAGGUGAUUAAUGAUAGUGUUGGCUUUGCUGGACCAUUGCUUCUCAAUAGGCUGAUUCGGUUUCUUCAACAAGGUUCAGGAAAUCCAGAUGGUUAUCUUCUUGCAGUCCUCUUGGGCCUCACGUCUAUCUUCAAAUCAUUUUUAGAUACACAAUACAGUUUUCAUCUUGCCAAGCUGAGGCUAAAGCUAAGAUCAAGUAUUAUGACUGUUAUUUAUCAAAAAUGUCUAUGCAUCAAUCUAGCAGAGCGGUCAAAAUUUACUGAGGGUGAAAUUCAGACAUUUAUGUCUGUAGAUGCUGAUCGUACUGUCAACUUGUGCAACAGCAUCCACGACUUGUGGAGCUUGCCUUUUCAAAUUGGAGUGGCUUUGUACCUUCUAUAUACACAAGUCAAAUUCGCAUUUGUUUCCGGACUCGUGAUUACAAUCUCAUUGAUACCAGUGAAUAAAUGGAUAUCUCAGAUGAUCGCAACAGCUACUGAGAAAAUGAUGAAGCAAAAAGAUGAGAGGAUUAGGAGGACAGGAGAACUUUUGACAUAUAUUCGGACUUUGAAGAUGUAUGGCUGGGAGCUUCUUUUUUCUUGUUGGUUGAUGGAGACAAGAUCUUUAGAAGUCACGCACUUAACUACAAGGAAAUACUUGGAUGCAUGGUGUGUAUUCUUUUGGGCCACAACACCAACUCUUUUCUCUCUUUCAACAUUUGGACUCUUCACAUUGACAGGACAUCAACUUGAUGCUGCAGUGGUCUUUACCUGUCUUGCUUUGUUUAAUACUCUGAUUUCUCCUCUAAACUCAUUUCCAUGGGUUAUUAACGGAUUAAUUGAUGCCUUUAUAUCUACCAGGCGGUUGAGCAGGUUUUUAUCUUGCUCUGACUGCAAGUCCAAGCUGGAAAAGACACAAAAUUCAUCCUCACAGUCUGAAUUUUCUUUUGAAGAUAUGGCAGUUGUCUUCCAUGAUGCAUGUUGUUCUUGGUCAACCAGUGACAUAGACGAACAGAUUCCAUUGCUGAAUCAUGUGGAUCUAAGUCUUCCAAGGGGUUCAUUCAUUGCAGUAAUUGGAGAGGUUGGAUCAGGAAAAUCAUCACUGUUGAAUUCAAUUUUGGGAGAAAUGCAGCUUGUCCGUGGAUCAAUACAUUCAAAUGGAUCUAUAGCAUACGUACCACAGGUCCCUUGGAUUCUCUCUGGAACAAUUCGUGAUAAUAUACUGUUUGGAAAGAAUUAUGAUCUGGAAAGAUACUCUGAUACUGUAAAGGCAUGUGCAUUGGAUGUUGAUAUUUCAUCAAUGGUUGGAGGUGACAUGGCUUAUAUUGGAGAAAAAGGACUCAACUUGUCUGGUGGACAGCGAGCUCGACUUGCUUUGGCCAGGGCUAUCUAUCAUGGGUCAGAUAUUUUUUUGCUUGAUGAUGUCCUUAGUGCGGUUGAUGCACAAGUUGGUCGGUGGAUAUUAUAUAAUGCCAUUAUGGGCCCUCUCAUGAAGGAGAAAACUUGUGUGCUUUGUACUCAUAAUAUUCAGGCAAUGUCUUCAGCUGAUUUGAUUAUUGUUAUGGAUAAAGGACAAGUGAAGUGGAUAGGAAACUCAACUGAUUUGUCAGUGUCUUCAUAUUCAGCGUUCUCUCCACUGAAUGAACUUGAUACAAUUGGUCAUAAUCAAGGACAAGAAUAUGGCAUGGAUACUGGUACUGAAGUUGAACAAAAGUCACUCAUAGAGGAAAAUACUGCAUCUGCUUCAGAGGUAGUACAAGAGAUCAUCGAAGUUGAGGCUCGGAAAGAAGGCAGAGUUGAACUUACUGUCUACAAGAAUUAUGCUGCAUUUUCUGGUUGGGUCAUCACAAUUGUAAUAUGCAUGUCAGCAGCUUUAAUGCAAGCUUCUCGCCAUGGAAAUGAUUUGUGGCUAUCAUAUUGGGUUGAUACCACAGCAAGCCAUCAGAAAGAAUACUCCACGUCCUUUUAUCUGAUUAUACUGUGCAUAUUUUGUAUCAUAAAUUCCUUCCUUACAUUGGUGAGAGCUUUCUCAUUUGCAUUUGGCGGCUUGAGAGCCGCAGUUAAGGUGCAUAAUACGCUGCUUGAAAAGCUUGUCAAUGCACCGGUGCAAUUCUUUGAUCAGACUCCAGGUGGAAGAAUAUUAAACAGGAUGUCUUCAGAUCUUUAUACAAUCGAUGAUUCUCUUCCAUUCAUCCUCAACAUUCUCCUAGCAAAUUUUGUUGGUCUACUGGGGAUUGCAGUAGUUUUGUCCUUUGUUCAGGUCUUAUUUCUGCUUUUGCUGCUGCCAUUUUGGUAUAUCUACAGCAAACUUCAGUUCUUCUACAGGUCAACAUCAAGGGAACUGCGAAGGCUAGACAGUGUUUCUCGAUCUCCCAUAUAUGCAUCCUUCACAGAAACACUCGAUGGUUCGUCAACUAUAAGGGCCUUCAAAUCUGAGGAGUGUUUCUUCACUAGAUUCACCGAGCAUGUGAGAUUGUAUCAGCAAACUUCUUACACAGAGUUAAUAGCAAGCUUGUGGCUUUCUUUGCGCAUUCAGUUAUUGGCAGCAUUUAUCAUAUUAUUUAUCGCCAUCAUGGCUGUUAUUGGAUCGCAUGGAAAUUUACCAGUUAGUUUUGGAACCCCAGGGCUGGUAGGCUUGGCUCUUUCUUAUGCAGCUCCGGUUGUGUCUUCAUUGGGAAGCUUUUUGACGAGUUUCACUGAAACAGAGAAGGAAAUGGUUUCUGUUGAAAGAGCUCUCGAGUAUAUGAACGUUCCUGAAGAAGAACUACAUGGAGACCGAUCCUUAAGUCCUAAUUGGCCAUUUCAAGGACUGAUUGAAUUUCAAAAUGUUACCUUGAGAUAUAUGCCAUCUUUGCCAGCUGCACUUAAAGAUGUUACUUUCACCAUUGAGGGAGGGAUGCAGGUUGGAAUCAUUGGAAGAACUGGAGCUGGAAAGUCUAGUGUCUUGAACGCUCUUUUCCGCUUGACUCCAAUAUGUGGAGGAUGUAUUACUGUGGAUGGCAUAAACAUAGCUGAUGUUCCUGUUAGGGAUCUUCGAGCUCAUUUUGCAGUUGUUCCUCAAAGUCCAUUUCUAUUUGAAGGAUCAUUAAGGGAUAAUCUUGAUCCAUUGAAAUUGAGUCAAGACUCUAAGAUUUGGAAGGCUUUGGAGAAGUGCCAUGUAAAAGAAGAAGUUGAAGCACUAGGAGGGCUAGAUAUCCACAUAAAGCAAUCUGGGAUGUCAUUUUCUGUUGGCCAACGUCAGCUUCUUUGCCUUGCACGUGCACUUCUGAAGUCCUCAAAGGUUCUGUGUUUGGACGAGUGCACUGCCAGUGUCGAUUCUCAAACUGCAUCGAUAUUACAAAAUACCAUAUCCAGUGAAUGCAGAGGCAUGACUGUGAUCACAAUUGCUCAUCGUAUUUUGACAGUUUUGAAUAUGGACAACAUUCUGAUCCUUGAUCAUGGUAUCCUGGUUGAACAAGGAAACCCGCAGGUUCUCCUACAAAAUGGGCUUUCAAGAUUUUCAAAUUUUGCUAAAGCUUCGACUAUGUGAGAUCCUAACAACCACUCUGCAAAUUUGGUUUUACAGAACAAACAAAUCCAUUCACUCCUUGUAACUAACACUAUUAGCUCUCUUAUCAUGUCAUCCUAUGAUCGUCUCAUGAAUCUGUUAAUCAAUUUCCUCAACUUGUUAGGAUACAAUAUUGUAACAGGUCUUCUAAUUGCAAAAAUGGAGAUCAAAACCAGAUGCAACUCAUUCA